CCGCGCCCCCCGCCGGCAGCAUGGCGAGCUUCGCCGACCUCAACGUGCAGCGGAGCGGCGACCUCAAGGCGCUGCGGGAGCUGGUGGAGACGGCGGCCCAGCUUGGGUAUUCAACUGUUGCCAUUAAUCAUGUUGUCGACUUCAGUGAAAAAAAGCAGGAAAUUGGCAAACCAAUAUCUCCCUCAGAUCUCUUUUCAACCUUGCCUAUUAUCCAGGGGAAAUCAAAACCAAUUAAAAUUUUAACUAGAUUAACCCUCAUAGUCUCGGAUCCAUCUCACUGCAAUGCUUUGAGAGCAACAUCUUCACGUGUCAGGUUGUACGACAUUGUCGCUGUUCAUCCGAAGACAGAAAAACUCUUCCAUGUUGCUUGCACAAACCUAGAUGUGGAUCUGGUAUGCAUAAGUGUAACAGAAAAGCUGCCGUUUUACUUCCGAAGACCCCCUAUCAAUGUGGCAAUCGACAGAGGUAUUGCCUUUGAAGUUAUUUACACCCCAGCCAUCAAAGACUCUACGAUGAGAAGAUACACCAUCUCCAAUGCCCUCAGUCUGAUGCAGAUCUGCAAAGGAAAGAAUGUAAUUCUGUCGAGUGCUGCAGAAAGGCCUUUAGAAAUCAGAGGACCUUAUGAUGUGGCUAAUCUAGGGCUGUUGUUUGGUCUGUCUGAAAAUGAUGCCAAGGCAGCAGUGUCCACCAACUGCAGAGCGGCCCUUCUUCAUGGAGAAACAAGGAAGACUGCUUUUGGCAUCGUCCACACGGUGAGGAAGCCGCAGACGUCUGAAGAUGUUGACGCUGGUCCAGCCUGCAAGAGAGCCAAGUGUGAAGAUUGAAAAGAAUCUCUUGGGCUCCCUCAGGCCACCCUUCCUUUCUGCCACUGCAUGAGUCGUCAGCCAACACAAAAACUCCUUCUCAAGAGUACCUACUUAGCUUGUGAAGGAAUCAAUAUUUUUGCCAAACUUUGCUGUUUUAUGCAAGUAAGAAAGCGAAUGUAACUUAGGCGUCCAUCAGUAAAAGCCUGAUAGUAAAUGGAGAAAGAAGAAAUAGACUUGUAUUCCUUCUGAACAUGAAAAAUUAUAGGAGGGGCGGGGGUUACUGGAAUGAGAAAAUGUGAAAUUCAUUAAAUGGUUUUCCUAAGCACAAUGUGAAAACUUCCACUUUUUUCUCCUAAGCUCCCCAUUUCUACUGUAUACAAUAACCUGUACCAGGCUUUGAAAUAGGGUAAGAUAGUGCCUAAUGAACGAUAAUACUAUUUAUUUUUAUACUGCAGCUAUUCCAGAAUUCUCUGAAGAAAAAUUAAAAUUUGCAUUGUGUUAACUAAA